GCGGCCUCGCGGCGUUGCCAUGGAGACAAUUCCGGGGCUGGGGCUCCCAAGCCCUGGUGCUCCGCUGUCUCAGAACCCCGAGGAGCCGCUGUGCAAGGCCGAAGCCGCGGUGGCGGCGGCACGCUGGGACCUGCGGAAACAUUCUUUGCUCAUCGUGAUCGGCGACAUCGGUACCGAGAGCCAACUGAGGGCCGUACGGGCCCACCUUGAACAAGGGAUUCUCUCCUGGAACAUUGACUUACCAUCCUUUGACUUGAACCAACAGUUGAGACUCUUCAUUACUCGGCAUCUAGCUCACUUCUCUUCAGAGGUCAAAGGCCAGAGGACCCUCUGCCACCAGAGUGAGAUCCUAGAGACCAUCAUACUGGUAAAUCCCAGUGCAGACAGCAUCAGCUCUGAGGUUCACCGUCUCCUUAGCAGCCCAUCAGCUCACAAACUACUGAUCUUGAGUGGGCAAAGUUUAGAGCCUGGGGGGGACCUCAUCCUACAGAGUGGCACCUACUCCUAUCAAAACUUUGCUCAGGUUCUUCAUAACCCAGAGAUUGCCCAGUUGCUCAGCAAUAGAGACCCUGGGAUCCAGGCCUUCCUUACAGUGUCCUGCUUAGGGGAGGGUGAUUGGAGCCACCUGGGACUAUCCAGUUCCCAAGAGACCCUGCACCUCCGGCUAAACCCCGAGCCCAUGCUGCCCACCAUGGAUGGCGUGGCUGAGUUCUCCGAGUAUGUCUCUGAGACCGUGGAUGUGCCAUCCCCCUUUGACCUGCUAGAGCCCCCCACCUCAGGGGGCUUCCUCAAGCUCUCCAAGCCUUGUUGCUACAUCUUCCCUGGUGGCCGCGGGGACUCUGCCCUCUUUGCCGUCAAUGGUUUCAACAUCCUUGUGGAUGGUGGCUCUGAUCGCAAAUCCUGCUUCUGGAAGCUGGUGCGGCACCUGGACCGCAUUGACUCAGUACUGCUCACACACAUCGGGGCAGACAACCUGCCAGGUAUCAAUGGUCUCCUACAGCGCAAAGUGGCGGAACUAGAGGAGGAGCAGUCCCAGGGCUCUAGCAGCUACAGUGACUGGGUGAAGAACCUCAUCUCCCCUGAGCUCGGAGUUGUCUUCUUUAACGUGCCUGAGAAGCUACGGCUGCCUGAUGCCUCCCGGAAGGCCAAGCGCAGCAUUGAGGAGGCUUGCCUCACUCUACAGCACCUAAAUCGCCUGGGUAUCCAGGCUGAGCCUCUGUACCGUGUGGUCAGCAACACUAUUGAGCCGCUGACCCUCUUCCACAAGAUGGGUGUGGGCCGGCUGGACAUGUACGUCCUCAACCCAGUCAAGGACAGCAAGGAGAUGCAGUUCCUCAUGCAAAAGUGGGCAGGCAAUAGUAAAGCCAAGACAGGCAUCGUGCUGGCCAGUGGAAAGGAGGCUGAGAUCUCGGUGCCCUAUCUGACUUCUAUCACUGCUCUGGUGGUGUGGCUACCAGCCAACCCCACUGAGAAGAUUGUGCGUGUGCUUUUCCCAGGGAAUGCUCCCCAAAACAAGAUCUUGGAGGGCCUGGAAAAGCUUCGGCACCUAGAUUUCCUGCGCUACCCUGUGGCCACACAGAAGGACCUGACUGCUGGGUCUGUGCCUGCCACCCUCAAGCCCAGCAAAAUCAAACAGCGAGCUGACAGCAAGGAGAGCCUCAAAGCUACUACCAAGACAGCCGUGAGCAAGCUGGCCAAACGGGAGGAGGUGGCCGAAGAGGGAGCCAAGGAAGCCCGCUCAGAACUGGCCAAGGAGUUAGUCAAGACGGAAAAGAAGGCAAAAGAGCCACCUGAGAAGCCCCCAGAGAAGCCUGCCAAGCCUGAGAGGGUGAAGACAGAGUCAAGCGAGGCACUGAAGGCAGAGAAGCGAAAGCUGAUCAAGGACAAAGUGGGGAAAAAGCACCUAAAAGAAAAGAUAUCAAAGCUGGAAGAGAAAAAAGAUAAGGAGAAAAAAGAGAUCAAGAAGGAGAGAAAGGAGCUCAAGAAGGAUGAAGGGAGGAAGGAGGAGAAGAAGGAUGCCAAGAAGGAGGAGAAGAGGAAAGACACCAAACCUGAGGUCAAGAAGAUUUCCAAGCCAGACCUGAAGCCCUUUACCCCUGAGGUACGUAAGACCCUUUACAAAGCCAAGGCCCCUGGAAGACUCAAGAUGGACAAGAGUCGGGCUACCCGUGGGGAGAAGGAGCUGUCCUCUGAGCCCCGGACCCCCCCAGCACAGAAGGGGACUGUACCUCUCCCACCAGUCAGUGGGCACAGGGAGCUGACCCUGUCCUCACCAGAGGACCUCACACAGGAUUUUGAGGAGAUGAAACGUGAAGAGAGGAGAUUGCUAGCUGAACAAAGGGACAUAGGGCUAGGGGAGAAAGCACUCCCUCCAGACACUCUGGAUGAGGGACCCCUGAGCACAGCUACCCAGGGAAUCCCACCUUCUGUCUCAGGCCUGGAACAAGAAGAGCCUGUAAUGAAGGAGAAAGAGGUUGUCCCAGACAUCUCUGAGGAACAAGGCAGCAAGGACAGAGGCCCAAAUUCUGAGGCUGAAAUGGAGGAGGAGAAAGGUACCUGGGAGGAAAAGAAGCAGAAAGAAGCAGAGAGGCUCCCAGAUAGACCAGAAGACAGAGAGGAAAGUGAACCUGAGGUAAAGGAGGAUGUGAUAGAGAAGGCUGAGUUAGAAGAAAUGGAGGAGGUACACCCUUCAGAUGAGGAAGAAGAGGAAGAGACAAAGGCUGAGAGUUUUUACCAAAAGCAUAUGCAGGAAACCUUGAAGGUAACCCCAAAGGGCAGGGAGACUCUUGGGGGCCAGGAACUGGGACUCCAGGGUAAAGUCCCUGAGAAGGAGACCUCGUCAUUCCUAAGCAGCCUGGCCACACCUGCAGGAGUCACUGAGCAUGUCUCUUACAUCCAGGAUGAGACAAUCCCUGGCUACUCAGAGACUGAGCAAACCAUCUCAGACGAGGAGAUACAUGAUGAGCCAGAGGAGCGCCCACCUCCACCCAGAUUUCCCCCAAGUACUUAUGACCUCCCUGGGCCUGAAGGUCCUGGGCCCUUUGAGGCCAGCCAGCCUGCAGAGAGUGCUACUCCUGCCACCUCCAGCAAAGGCUAUGGAGCGCCAGAGACUGAAAUCCUCACCUAUCCCCCAAACAUGGUGGCCGCCCCUUUAGCUGAAGAGGAACACGUGUCCUCAGCCACCUCAAUUACCGAGUGUGACAAGCUUUCUUCCUUUGCCACAUCAGUGGCUGAGGACCAGUCUGUGGCCUCACUCACAGCUCCCCAGACAGAGGAGACAGGCAAGAGCUCCCUGCUGCUUGACACAGUCACAAGCAUACCCUCCUCCCGCACCGAAGCCACUCAGGGCUUGGACUACGUGCCAUCAGCUGGUACCAUCUCACCCACAUCCUCACUGGAAGAGGACAAGGGCUUCAAAUCACCACCCUAUGAGGACUUUUCUGUGACUGGGGAGUCUGAGAGAAGAGGAGAGAUGGUAGGGAGAGGCUUGCCUGGAGAGAAAGCUACGGAAGAGGAAGAGAAAGAAACCACAAAUGUAGGGUUGUCUGAGAAACUUCACAGUCAAUAUGAAAUGCCAAUGUUUGGGGCCCCUGGGCACACCCUACUUCCAGGGGAACCAGCCCUUGGAGAGGUGGAGGAGCGCUGCCUCAGCCCAGAUGACAGCACAGUGAAGAUGGCCUCUCCUCCAGUAUCCGGCCCACCCAGUGCCACUCAUACACCCUUCCAUCAGUCCCCAGUGGAAGAAAAGUCUGAGCCCCAAGAAUUUCAGGAAGCAGACUCCUGGGGAGACACUAGGCAUAUACAAGGUAUGGGCAAGGAAGACACUGCAGAGGAGACAGUUAAGCCUGAGCCUGAAGAGUGCACACUAGAGAAGGAGGGUAAGUUACCUCCUCCCAAGAGCCCUGAGAUCCAGGAAGCACCUGUCAGCAUUACUGAGAGACACACAGGCUACACCAUCCAACUGUUGCCAGAACAGGACAAAGCAAUAGUCUUUGAGACUGUGGAGGCAGGAGAACCCACAGGUACAAAUUUGGGAGCAGAAGCCCUUCCCAGAGAUCUGAGGACAUCACUGCAAGAACCUGGCGAACCUCAGAAAGAUGAGGUGCUCCAAUUUCCUGAUCAAAAUCUCUCCCCUGAAGAUGCAGAGACUGUCUCUGUCCUCAGUGUGGUCUCCCCAGACACUGCCAACCAAGAACCCACCCCCAGGUCUCCCUGUGGCCUGACAGAGCAGCACCUCCACAAAGACCUUUGGCCAGAGAUGUCUCCAGAAGACACCCGGUCACUUUCUCUCUCAGAAGAGAGCCCCAGCAAAGAGACAUCUCUGGAUAUCUCUUCUAAGCAGCUCUCUCCAGAAAGCCUUGGCACCCUCCAGUUUGGAGAACUAAGCCUUGGAAAGGAAGAAAAGGGGCCUCUAAUGCUGACUGCGGACACCCCUCAUCCCCCAGCCCCUGUGUCUGUUCCAGAGCCCCAUGCAGCCACAGAUGAGACCACUGGAUUUUCUGCACAGGCAGACAUUACAGAUGAGAGUCCUGACAGAAAAUUACCUGUCUGCUCCUUCUCUGACUCAACACUGUUGGGAGAUGUGAAGCACUCACCUGAAGUGAUCACAAGCCCUGGUGAACACAUUCUGACUCCUGACAGCUCUCUCACCAAGAGUCCUGAGUCUUUGCCAAGCCCUGCCAUGGAGGACAUUGCUAUGGAGUGGGAAGGUAAAGUUCUAGGGUCAAAAGACAAAACCUCAGAGCAGGAUAAGGUACCUGAGCCAAACGAUGAACUCCUACAGCAAAAGGACAAAACUCUGGAGCAGAAGGAUAUAGUCAUCAGUCAGAAAGACGAGGCUCUGGAAGAAAAGAACAAGGCUGAGGACCAGCAGGAUAAGGCUUUAGAACAAAAAGACAGAGACUCAGAACAAAAAACCAAGUCUCUGGAUCAGAAGGACAUGGCCGUAGAAUCAAAAUCUAUAGACUUAAAAGAAAAUAACAGAGACUCAGAACAAAAAGAAAAGACCCUGGAACAGAAGGACAAGGCCUGGGAACAAAAAGACAUAGAUUUAAAACAAAAAGACACAGAACAAAAAGAAAAGGCCCUGGAACAGGAGGAUAAGACCUUUGAACAAAAAGACAUAGACUUAGAACAAAAAGACGAGACUCUAGAACAGAAGGACAAGGUCCUAGAAGAAAAAGACAAAGCUUCAAAACAAGAAGUCAGAGACUUUGAACUUGAAUACAAGGCUCCAGAGGACAGUGUACCUGAACAGAAAGACAAGGCUGAGGAACAGAAGGACAGGACCUUAGAAAAUAAAGAUCAGGCCUUAGAAGAAAAACAUUGGGCCUUAGGACAGAAGGAUGAAAUCCUGGAACAAAACAUUAAGACUGUUGAACAGAAAAAAAAGGCUCUGGAAGAAAAGGACAAAACUUGGAGGCAGGAGAGCCCAGUGCAAGAAGAUAAAAUCAUGAAACCCAAGGAAAAGAUCCUAGAGGAAGAAUCCCCAGAAGAAGUCAAAACUGUGGAACAGAUGGAAGAAGCUCUGUUGGAAAAGACCAAGGUUCUGGGGGUGAAAGAGAUCCCAGUGCAGGAAGACAAAGACCAAAAGCAGGAAGAAAAGUACUGGAAGAAGGAGCAGGAUGUGGUACAGGAGUGGCAAGAAACAGCUCCAAUCAGGGCAGAGCCAGUAGGAGAACAGAAAGAGACUGCCCCAGCUUGGAAGGACACAUCUCCUGAGCAGGAGGACAGGUACUGGAGGGGCAGGGAGGAUUUGGCCUUGGAUCAGGACCCAUAUUGGAGGGAGUUGAGCUGUGAGAGGAAGGUCUGGUUCCCUCGUGAGCUGGAUGGCCAGGGGGCCCACCCACGGUACACUGAGGAGAGAGAGAGCACUUUUUUGGAUGAGGGGCCAGAUGAUGAGCAAGAAGUGUCCCCACUGGAGCACACACCCCGGAGCCCCUGGGCCUCAGACUUCAAGGGUUUCCAGGAGGCCUCAUCACAGAAGGGGCUGGAGGUAGAGCACUGGCUUUCAGAGUCACCAGUUGGGCUGCCACCAGAGGAAGAGGACAAGCUGACCCGUUCCCCCUUUGAGAUUAUCUCCCCUCCAGCCUCUCCACCUGAAAUGGUUGGACAGAGGGUCCCUCCAGCCCCAGGACAAGAAAGCCCAAUCCCAGAGCCUAAGCCCAUGACACCCAUGAGGAGCGAACCCACCACCCCCUCAUGGCUGGCUGACAUCCCACCGUGGGUGCCCAAGGACAGACCCUUGCCCCCCGCUCCCCUCUCCCCAGCUCCAGCUCCCCCUUCCUCUGCCCCAGAGCCACUCACUCCUGCACCCUUCUCCUGGGGCACACCUGAGUAUGACAGUGUGGUGGCUGCAGUCCAGGAAGGGGCAGCUGAGUUGGAAGGUGGGCCUUACUCCCCUCUGGGGAAGGACUACCGCAAGGCUGAAGGAGAAAGGGAAGAUGAAAGUGGAACUGGUGCUUCUGACAGCAGCCCCCACAGCUCAAAGAUCUCAGAAGUCAGUGAGAGCCAUAGGACCACAGAGCAAGACCAGGCUGAGCCAGAGCAGAGAGAGCCUACACCCUAUCCUGAUGACAGAAGCUUUCAGUAUGCAGACAUCUAUGAGCAGAUGAUGCUCACUGGGCUUGGCCCAGCAUGCCCUACUAGGGAGCCUCCUCUUGGGGCAGCUGGGGAUUGGCCCUCACACAUCUCAACCAAGGAGGAGGUUGCUGGCCGAAACACAUCUGCAGAGAAGGAGCUUUCAUCUCCUGUCUCGCCUAAGAGCCUCCAAUCUGACACUCCAACCUUUAGCUAUGCAGCCCUGGUGCGACCCACUGUACCCCCCAGGCAUGAGCCUGAACCAGGGCCAAGUGUGGAGCCCAGCCCCACCCCACCUGCAGUGCCUCCCCGUGCCCCUAUCCCCCUGAGCAAAGGCCCAAGCCCCCCUCUUAAUGGUGACCUCCCAAGCUGCAGCCCAGAUAGGAGGACCCCCUCCCCCAAGGAGUCAGGCCAGGGUCACUGGGAUGAUAGCACUAGUGAUUCAGAGUUGGAGAAGGGGGCCCAGGAGCAGCCAGAAAAAGAGGCUCUGUCUCCAAGUCCCCCACACCCAGUCCCUUCAGGGCCCUCCACAUUGUGGCCUGCAACCCAGUCACAUACCAGCCCUUCCUUGGACUCAUCCUUGGGUCCCACUCGACCCAGCCUGGACUUCCCAGCUUCCGCCUUUGGCUUCUCCUCACUGCAGCCAGCUCCCCCACAGCUACCCUCUCCGGCUGAACCUCGCUCAGCACCCUGCGGUUCCCUUGCCUUCUCUGGGGAUCAAGCUCUGGUUCUGGCUCCAGGGCCCCCGACCAGAGCCCGGCAUGAUGAAUAUCUAGAAGUGACCAAGGCCCCCAGCCUGGACUCCUCACUGCCUCAGCUCCCAUCGCCCAGCUCUCCUGGGGCCCCUCUCCUCUCCAGUUUGCCCCGACCUGCCUCACCAGCCCUGUCUGAAGGCUCCUCCUCUGAAGCCACCACACCUGUGAUUUCAAGUGUGGCUGAGUGCUUCCCUCCAGGCCUUGAGGCUGCAGAAAAGGAUUCUGGAGAGCUAGUCCCAGGAAUGGAACCAGCUGCCCACAGCCUCUGGGACCUCACUCCUCUGAGUCCAGCACCCCCAGCUUCACUGGACCUAGCUCCACCUCCAGUUCCAAGCCUGCCCGGAGACAUGGAUGAUGGCACCCUGCCCUGCCGUCUGGAGUGCUCAGGGGCAGCCACCAAGCCAUGCCCAUUCCAGGAUCCCUCUGAAGACUGUGCAGCCAAGGGCCCAACUGAAACCAGCUCCAACCCUCCAGGCCCUGAUCCCUCCAAAGCUGAGAAAGAAGAGGCUGAAGCCUGCCCUAUCUGGGAGCGGGGGGCCUGGCUGGAGGGAGCCGAGAGGAGUGCCCAGCCUGAAACACUGCAGCCACUGUGUCCUGGAGGAGCCCCUGCAAGCCGACCCAGCAGUAUUUCCCCUGAGGCUGAGGCGGGGCCCCAGGGAUGUGCUGCUGAACCUUGGCCCCACCGUGGAGAGCUCUCUCCAUCCUUCCUGAACCCACCCCUGCCCCAAUCCACAGAUGACAAUGACCUCUCAACUGAGGAAGCUUGGCUGGUAGGGAAAGGGGGGCGGCGCCGAGCUGGGGGCUCAGGGGCCACAGGGGGUCCAUGUCCUGGGGCUGAUGAGACUCCCCCAACAUCAGCGAGUGACUCAGGCUCCUCACAGUCAGAUUCUGACGUUCCACCAGAAACUGAGGAGUGUCCAUCCAUCACAGCUGAGGCAGCCCUCGACUCAGAUGAAGAUGGGGACUUCCUGCCUGUGGACAAAGCUGGGGGGGUCAGUGGAACUCACCAUCCUCGGCUUGGCCAUGAUCCACCCCCUCUACCCCAGCUAGACCCUCACCCAUCCCCUCCCCGUCCUGACGUGUGCAUGGCUGACCCCGAGGGGCUCAGCUCAGAGUCUGGGAGGGUGGAAAGGCUACGGGAGAAGGAGAAGGUACAAGGCCGAGUAGGGCGCAAGGCCCCAGGCAGGGCCAAGCCAGCAUCCCCCGCACGGCGUCUGGAUCUUCGGGGAAAACGCUCACCCACCCCUGGCAAAGGGCCUGCAGAUCGAGCAUCCCGGGCUCCACCCAGACCACGCAGCACUCCAAGCCAAGUCACUCCGGCAGAGGAAAAGGAUGGACACAGUCCCAUGUCCAAAGGCCUAGUCAAUGGACUCAAGGCAGUACCGACGGCCUUGGGUUCCAAGGGUGGCACUGGCUCCCCUGUGUAUGUGGAUCUCGCCUAUAUCCCGAAUCAUUGCAGUGGCAAGACUGCUGACCUUGACUUCUUCCGACGAGUGCGUGCAUCCUACUAUGUGGUCAGUGGGAAUGACCCUGCCAAUGGCGAGCCAAGCCGGGCUGUGCUGGAUGCCCUGCUGGAAGGCAAGGCCCAGUGGGGGGAGAAUCUUCAGGUGACUCUGAUCCCUACUCAUGACACAGAGGUGACCCGUGAGUGGUACCAGCAGACUCAUGAGCAGCAGCAACAACUGAAUGUCCUGGUCCUGGCUAGCAGCAGCACCGUGGUCAUGCAGGAUGAAUCCUUCCCAGCCUGCAAGAUUGAGUUCUGAAAGAACCACACUCCCUCCGCCCUCUGCUCCCCACAGCUCCCUUAGAGAAUGGCUACUGCUAAGUCCUUUGGGGUCAAGGGAGAUAAGAGCUAGGGUGUGGGGGCAGAGUGUUUUGUUGAGGGAACUUGGGCUUGGCAAAAUGUGCGAGUUGUCUCUUGCCCUCAUCCAUACCUGAGAGGGGUUUCAAAAGCAAAGGUAACGGAUUGCAUAGGGAAAGGUACAAAGUCAGGAUAGGAGGUCAUCUGAUGCCUAAGAGCCCUGGAUUGACACCCUCUCCUAGCAUUGCCAAAUGCUGAUAUUGAGUGAGGAUGAAUUACAGAGAGCAGCCUCCUCCCUCAUGGAGAGAGAUCAUAUCCCCAACCCCAGGGACCGCUUUAUCUUAAUCUAUUUAGCAUCCCAGGAAGGAUUUCAGAUGGUAAUUUAUGUGUCCUAGGGCCAGGAUACUGUCAGUGAGGUGCUCAGAGCUGCACCCUUUCUUUCAUCUCCCAUUCCCUUACCCACCAGGGUCUGGGUUCCAGCAGGGCGUUGGGGCAAUACAGCUGCUGCACUGUCCCCCUGCUUCCCUCCAUAUCUGAAUGUCUCAAUCUAAAACUUGAAUCUCUUUUGAUCAACAGACUUGUGGGAGGAGAAAGGAAUCUAUCCUCUCUCACAGCCCCUAUUUCAUCACCAUCUACAUCCUAGGGUUGUGCCCAGACCAGGCCUACUGGGCAGCACAAAGGGGCAAGGAGAGUCCGGCCCCAAUCCCAGAAUUCUUCCAAGCUCCCUGACGCUUUGAAGUUUUCACCCACCCCAUUCCAAUUAUCCUGAUCCCUUCUCAUCCCCUUGCUUGGCUUCUCUGCAUGUGGUCAUCUGCCGUGGGCUGGUGUGUAAUGGGUUAAAAAUAAACCACUGCCUGACAUCCCAACAUUUGACACCCCAGCAAUGUGUGACUCCCCCAACAUCCCACUGUGCCAUCCUGCAGCUGAAAUGGGAAUGCUGGCUGCCUCUCCAGCCCCAAAUUCUUGGGACAGAGAAUCUGAGAGGUGGAGGCCACGCCAGAAGAUUUGGGGAAAAUGAGAGGGAGGAAGGAAAAGAGGGAGACAAAUCUGAACUAAAGCUUAACUCCGACAGAGUGAAAUGAAAACAGGCUGAAAAUACCACCUCAGGAAAGGACCUCGCCCUAAGCAAACCAAUGAGCAGCCCUGCCAGACUACUGCUGGACUGAGAAACCCAGACACUGACAGUCUGGGCUUGGCUUCUCUGGCAAAUGACUGUGGAAACCAAAAUGAACUGGCCUUGUUUUCUUCCUAGCUCCCACUCUCCCCAUGCUGCUGUGCUCUGCUCCUCCCCAGACUUCCCCCACUAUACUUCCCAGCUGCUGUAACAGAGCUGCCUCCAACUCUAACAAUAAAUUAAGUUCAUGCAGUUGCUGUAGUGCUGCUUAGGCUUUUUCUGAUUUCAUACAUUGCUUAAUUGCUGGGCCCCAGCUUCCACCUCUCUGCUUCUCCAAGCAUUGUCAUUUAUCUCAGAGGACUCUGAUGCCUUUGAUAACUGGAAGCAGUUCCAGGACCCAGGGGUGCCAGAGAACACCGAGUGGUUGAAGGGAGAAAAAAGAUAUGAGGAGCCAGUGUGAUUUCUGAAAAUGUGUGGGAAUACUUGAUUAUGGGGAAUAAGAACCUAGGGUGGGGAGAAUUUGGUUUGGAGGAGAAGGGGGAUUGCAGGAGACCUCCUGGGAAGGGGUUCCGCAUUCCAUGGGAUCAAGAGCUAAGGACCAAACAACCAGGAUCAGAUAUUCUGGAUAGGGGAACACCAAAGAGGUAAAGAGUUGAGGGACACUAAGAGAUCCAAAGCCUUUGGAGGUUGGAAACACCUCUCAUCUGUGCAGCUGGGAUUUCCAUGGAAUGAAAAGUUGGAUUUCCCUGCUCCAAUGAAACCCUUUAUACCCCUGGAUAUUUCAGGAGUGGCCAGGUUGUCAAUGUGUAUAUUUGGGGAGGGGGAUUUUCUAGCCCUCCCAGUGUUCUGGGCUCUCCCCAUACAAAGAUGUCAAGGGAGUGAAGAAAGGGCACAGCCCCUUUAUAUCAACUCCUGAAACUCAUUCCAAAGCAUCAGAGUAAAAAAAUAAGAGGGUGAUUCCAAGGAUCUGGUUGAAACCAUGUACUUUCUGGUGCUUUACAGAGAUAAACAACCCCCCCAUACCUCUCCAUACCCUGCUUAUACUCAUUAAAGACAUUUUGGGAUGGUGGGCUGACUGCCAUCAGGAC